AUGACAUCCAUUUUGGUCUUGAGUGUCAUUUGGAGUUUGGCACUUUAUAUCGCUACUGUGCUUAUCUACAGGCUAUACUUUCAUCCUUUGGCCAAAUUCCCAGGAACCAAGUUAGCGGCAGCUACUGGACUAUACGAGGCGUAUCAUGAUAUUCUCGUCGCUCCAGGUGGGCAGUUUAUGUACGAAAUACAACGAAUGCACAAGAAAUACGGUCCGGUAGUUCGCAUCAGCCCGGAUGAAAUCCACAUUAAUGACCCAGCGUGGCUGAAGGAACUCUACACCUUCACCGAGGUUCGCCACAAACUUUAUAGCGCAGCACGCUUCCUUGGAAAUGAAGACGCACUUUUUGCAACCACCGACCACCACACCCAUCAAAUGCGCCGUUCAGCUAUCGGUAAUAUCUUCUCAAAAAGCGCAGUGCGAGAUGCGGAGCAGUUGAUUCACGAUAAUGUUAAAAAACUUGAACUGCGCAUUGCUAAGCAGAUUCGCCGGGAUGGAUUUACCGAAAUGCGGACAAACUUUCUGGCUUUCGCAAUUACCGUUGUCAAUGACUACUGUCUUGGAGCUGUUCCAUCACUUCAGCUCCUUGAGGCAGAUGACACCAACGAAGGUGAAGCCGUUCGGUGGUUCGAAACAAUCAGCUCCCUUACUAGUAUGACCUCUAUCGCACGUCAGUGCAGCUGGUUGUCGUCAUUCUCGAUGAAAUUGCCGUCUUUCUUACUAUCAUUGAACCCCCAUAUUGAACGGAUUGUGAACAUGCGUCGGGCAUUGGAAACCCAGGCGAUAUCUGAAAUAAAAGCCCAUAGUAGUCCGGACGCAAAAGAACAGGCAAGUCCGGCUACAGGAAGGCGCCAUUUAUUCGGUGCUAUUCUCAAUAAUCCGAACAUGCCACCGGAAGAGCAGCACUUCACACGCAUUGCACAAGAGGGUGCUUUAGUAGUUGGUGCAGGAGGGGAAACAUCUGCACGUAUUUUGACGACUGCGAGCUUCUUCCUCGCUGCAGACAAGCAAAUCAUGUCAAAGCUGCAGGCGGAGCUGCAAAGUGCCAUCCCAGACCAGAACUCGACACCUUCCCUUAAAGAGCUCGAGAGCUUACCGUAUCUGACGGCCGUUAUCAAGGAAUCACUGCGAUUUCAGGGAAUUCUCACAUCCCGGUCGCCCCUUAUUUCAGACAAGCCCCUUCAUCAUGGGAAAUGGCUGAUUCCAGCUGGAACACCUGUCAGUAUGACAUUCCGCCAUCUUCUUCGUGAUCCAACGGUCUUCCCGAAUCCUGAAUCCUUUCAACCGGAUCGCUGGCUCACAAAAGACGAAGGCAUGAUGGAAAGAAUGAAUGAAUAUUUCUUACCUUUUGGACGGGGUAGUCGUAUGUGUGUUGGACUGCACCUUGCAUGGGCAGAAAUCUAUAUAGCUAUCGCCGAAUUAUUUCGAAAUUCUGUGUUUGAGCUGCAUGGAGGAACAAGCCUGAGGGAUGUGGAAAUUGUGCGGGACUGUGGUGUUGGGGAGGUCAGCCCUGACAGCCAAGGUGUGAAACUUACAUUUGCCAAGGUUAUCUAG